AGUAACAAGAUGCCACCCAAGACCAAAGAAAAAAGAAGGAAAGCUGGGGCACAGCAGAAGAAAAAGAACUCGGAUGCUGCUCUACGAAGGGAGGAGACCCGUCGAGCUAAGACUUCUGAGGACCAGGUGAAGCAGAGGCUGCACAGGUUGGAGGCUGAACUGGAAGGGGCCCGAAGUGAAGGAAAAGCCAUAUAUGCAGAAAUGAAACGCAAGUGCCAGACCUUGCAGGAGAAUAUGGAGACCCGCAACAAGCAGCUGGAGGAAGAAGUGAAGGGCCUUCGGGAGAAGCUGGAGACAUGCCAGCAGGAGGCUGAGGCCGCACGGGAAGAGGCUGAGCAAGCCAUUGGAGAGCGCGACUGGACCCUGGCUCAGCUCCGGGCCCAGAUGGCAGGCAUGGAGGCCGAGUAUGAGGAAAUCUUACAUGUAAGCCUCACCCUGGAGAGCCCAGCCGCCCCAAUGCCCAGCACUCCUCCACACCAUAGCCCAGGGGGGAGGAGGAGAAGUGCCUCCAAGAGAUGCCUCUUUAGCACGGUGUGCCCUAGGGGGCAGGGGCUAGAGGGUGGAGGCCACGCCAUGUGCUCUAUCACACAACCACGCCCACCAGCUCAGAAUAAGAAUUUUAACAAAAUACUAGUAAGGAAACCUUACAAACAAACCUGGGGCACUUCUCACCCCUGCCGUCUCUCUUCCUGGGGGUUGAAAUUUUGGCAUCUGCAGAACACCCUGGACCAGCUCAUGGCUAAUCUGAGAGCCAUCAAGCCUCAGUGCGAUGGGGCUGCACUGAGGCUCCACGCUAGGCACAAGGAGCAGCUGCGCCAGUUCGGACUCAACCCCCUGGAUCUUUGAGGCUGCCAGCUUUACUCUCAGGGUCCUCAGAGGCCGCAGCAAUAAAGCUUCUUGACAAAGAACUCAAUAGUGGGUGGUACCUGUGGCUCAAGGAGUAGGGUGCUGGCCCCACAUACCGGAGGUGUUGGG